AUGAGUAGCAAAUGGAUAUGUAAACACAACAACGAGCUCAUGGCGCUCAUCAACUCUAGACACCCCAUAUCCCCAACUAUGCCAUCGAUCCGAGCGAUCCUCUACAACGCCUUCGCCCUCACCACUCUCCCCAUCCGCAUUCUCGGCACUCUUAUCUACUACCUCCCCCACUUCACGCGGCCCCAUCCAGCAUGGACCUACCGACAAGCCAUCAGCGUAAAAUUCUUCUACAUAUGGCUGAGCGAUCAAACAGCAGUGGAAUACCGCACCCCAAAAACCCUCACUCCAGGCCGUGAAGGCGAUCGUUUCAUAAUCAUCAACCCUCCAGACACCACCACAUCUAACCAGCUAGCACUCUAUCUCUCCCGCGACAGCAUCCUCACCAGCAUCCCAUCUGUCCAUCCCGUCCCCAUUGGCGCAGUAUGGCACCCUGCCCUUCCCUCCUCAAAACCAGCUCGAGUGAUUCUUCACUUCCACGGCGGCGCGUACGUCCUCGGUGGCGUCCGCCUCAAAGACAACAGCUGGAGCCCUAGCAUCCUCAGCAAAGUGAUGGGUUGUCCUGUCAUGCUGCCGCAGUAUCGCCUCUCCGUGGAAAGAAAUGCCUCGUUUCCUGCCGCCCUGCAGGAUGGGAUCACGGCUUAUGUGUAUGUUCUCGAGGUGUUGGGGAUCGAGCCUCAGAAUAUAAUCCUGUCCGGUGAUUCGGCAGGUGGGAAUUUGGUUCUCUCCAUGAUUAGGUAUUGGGUCGAGGAGAAGAAGAAAGGGACGGAAGUAUUACCGCUGCCUGCGGCUGCGUUGUUAUGGAGUCCGUGGUUGGAUUUAUCGGAGAACGGGGCGCAGAAGGUUGAUCGGCAUCCGUGUCGAUGGGUUGAUUAUCUUUCUGGGGAUUUGCUGGAUUGGGGUAUUAGGCGGGUAACGCCUGAGGGUUGGGAGAGGGGACAUCGAUUUCUGAAUCCCCUUGGGAAUGGGUUUAAGGCUUUAGGAAUGCCGAUUUUCGUGCACACGGGAACGUCGGAGGUGUUUUUUGAGGAUCAUGUGGAGUUUGUGGAGGAGAUGAGGGCGUUGGGGAAUGUUGUCGAGUUUUGUGAGACGAAGGAUGCACCGCAUGAUAUUUUUUGGGCAGGGAAGGUGCUGGGUUUUGAGAGGGAGGCGGAGGAGGCGAUGGAGAGGGCGAGAACGUUUUCUUAUACGGUCAUGGGUCUUUUAGCUAUAGUUGUUGCAGCCGGCUUCUGA